AGAGACUUACAGCGCCUCCGCGUUUUUAACCAACAUUUACUUAUUUAAACAUUUAAACUAACACUUCUGUAGUCGGAUUGAAUUAUUUAUCGACAAAAAAUGAAGAAACAGAGGUAGAGAUCAUCAAACUAAGAAUGAUAAUACAUUCUUUCAGUCUCACCUAAAUAACAGGAUCCUGGGACAGUGAUGCUUGUUUACAGUGCCUUUAAGUGAAAGUUACUGCAUCCUGCUCAAGACAUAAUGGAGGACCUUUACUCCACCCCUGUUGAAAAAUGGACAGAGUCCAUGGUAGGCAAAUGGUUAGCCUCAAUAGGGGUGAAAGAAAAUUACAUUAAAAAGCUUGAAGAAGAGGAAGUAGAUGGCCGAAUCCUUCUUGAAAUCACAGAAGACUUUCUAAAAAAGGAGACUGGCAUGAAAUCUGGCCCUGCACUGUUAAUACUUAAGAAAAGAACUGAGCUAAUUAAUACCUUCCAAAAGGUUCAGAAGCAACCCAACAUGACUAAACAUGAAAGAACUGCCGAAAACACAGAUCAAGAUGCAUCAUCCAUCAAGAAAGAUUCAAUAACAAAUGCUCCCCAAAAAGGAGAAAGUAAAGAAGAUUUCCCACAUGUUCCAACAGUAAAAAGGGAUACAAACUCACGCCCUUUGGGCAAAAAGGGCAAUGAUUACACAUAUGUGAAGCAUGAUGUUCUUCAGCCUGAGUCAGGUGUCGUUGAUCUUAUAACACCAUGUCACGAGUACAAGGCAUUUACUCUCGCUGCAACUUUGGAUCGACAAAGACUUCAAGCGAAGUUAGCAAAGGAAGUUUUAAAAUUUGCCACAGGAUGCAUCAACAUUAGAUCAAAUGGCACAAUACACUUUGGUAUAAUGGACAGCAGGGAUGAUUAUGGGUAUGUGCAUGGUGAAAUCAUAGGCAUACCCAUCAAGGAAAAGGAUAUGUAUUCUGAUGCGUUAGAUUACAUUGAACAGAGUUUCUCUAACUUGGACAGUGAGCUUGUCCGGCAGUGUAUUCGACCACCUGAGUUCAUUCAGGUAGUUGGCCCAAAAAGUGAAGAAGAACACUAUGUAGUUGAAUUUGACAUUGUACCUACAUUAAGCAUAGUUAGGAAUAGGGUGUUUUCUGUCCGCUUGCCAAACUUUAAAGAGAAAUCCAAUAAGAUUGAAUAUGAAAAAAUUACAAUCUUUCGCAGAGUUGGCUCCAAAACAGAACCAGUUAUUGAGCCAAAUGAAUUUUAUCAAGUAGUCCACAUGAGAGAUGAACGAAGACAGGAGGCGGAGCAAGCACAUUGCUUCACAAACCCAGGCCUUUGCCAAGAUCUCGGAAGAAAACUUACCAUGCUGGUAACUAGUGGAAAGAAACUAAUGGAGAAGGAAAAAUGGUACAUACUUGUUACAAACAAGUUCUCACAGGAGGAUCUAAGACACAUUGAUUUCUUACUAAACAUGAAGUUAUUCUGUGCAUUUGACUUUGAUCCAGACUCCAUGGUGUCUGGGUUGUGCCAUGAAUAUGUUAAGCACCAUGCUGUGAACCUUCAUUUCAUGCAAGACUACAAAAUUCCUAGUGGCAUGAAUAUUAGAGAAGUUGAGAAUCACCUCCAUUUGUUUGAACAAACAAGUUGGAUAUUUUGUAAUGGACGAAGUGAUUUUAAAGGCAACGAGAUUUCUUGUGAUGAAAAGACUUGGGUUCAAACGAGGAGGACUUACCUUAAGGAUUGUGUAUCAUUGAUUUGCAAAGACAUUUUGCCCAAGGGAACAUUUCUUGUGAUCUUCCUUCUUACCUCCCCUGUUGAGUCACCUCUCCUGCACACAUUCCUCGAGUUUUUCACGGACAUGAAGGGCCAUGAAGACAUCGUAUGCAUCUCAGAAUCAGUGGAAAACUUUAAAAAAUGGGAAAACUUUGCUCUUGGAUCAUGUGACAAGGAAACUGUACACCAUUCAAGUGUUGUUGGGAUGAAAAUGGGCCACAUCAAUGCAACUCUCCAGAAAAUCCAGACCAGACCUACUAGAGCAACUAAGCUUUUACCUGUUUAUGUGAAAGGGGAAUGCUGUCUUGAGACAUGCGAGGAGGAAAGGAUGUGUUCUUUGAAAAUUUUAAGUGCCAAUCAGUGUGACGACACCAGCCAUGAGUUAAUAGAAUCAGAGAAGGAAGAAACAGAAAGACAGUUUUAUCUUGGAGCAAAAGUGACAUGGAUGAAUUUAUGGCUUGCUGAGAAAAAGUAUGUUGGGGAUGUAAUUCAAAGAGAAGCCUACUAUGAAGUCACAAGACUUCUAAAGGAUUCUCUUAAAUGGAGUCCAGAUCAGAUGCCCGUCAGUUGCAUCAACAUAUGUCAUCAUCCUGGCAGUGGUGGGAGUACAGUAGCAAGACAGGUUCUUUGGACUCACAGAAAGGAUUUACGGUGUGCAGUUGUAAAACCAUCAUACCCUGUUGGCACAGUUUCAGAACAUGCUGUUAAGCUUCGGGAGUAUGAGGAAAAAGAUCCACAGAAAUGCCUUCCUGUUCUCCUACUUGUUGAGGAUUGUGACAAAGAGUACUUAGAUAACUUAAAGAAUGAAUUAGAAGUGGCUGUCUACACCCAAAAAAUUGCAUUUGGAACACCGUGCUUCAUUCUUCUCAGUUGUAGACGAUCAUAUACUCCAGAGAAAAUGUGUAAAGGGUCUCCCCUACAAAAUGUGUCUGUGACUCACAAACUUUCACCAGAAGAGAAGAGACAAUUUGCUGGAAAACGGCGAAAACUUGAGCAACAGUUUGCACCAGAAUUUAUUCUGACAUUUAUCUUGAUGAGUGAGGAAUUUGAGGACAAGAUAAUUGCUGAAUAUGUCAAGAAGUUUGUAAGGCAUUUGCUACAGGACAUUGAUCAUGCAUCUGUUGUGACCCAGCUCAUUCGCUACGUAGCUCUACUUAACACCUACGUACAGAACUCCUUUAUUUCUCAGUCACAUUGUGAAGCCCUCCUAGCUUUAUCCAUUUGUAUGGACAGAUUUCGACAACACACAUUUGAGGGUUCUCUGAGUGAGCAGGCUAAAUUGGUCUUUAUACAUUUGAGAGAUGAAAGAACACACAUUAAAUCUGUUAGAAUCAUUCAUCAUUUGGUUGCAAAGGAAAUUCUUCAUCAGCUCUUGGCAGACAAACAAAAACAAAGUGACCUUGCACUUGAUCUUCUCAACAGUGAUGUACUCUUUGAGCACAGAUUUGGAAGGGAAGAUUACAUGAAGUUUCUUCGUGCGUUGUUCAUGCGACGCUACAGGAUCAGCAAAGGUGAUGAAUCUGACAGCUUUUUUUCUCCCCUCAUUGAGCAUGUGAGAGAAAAUGAAGAGCCAGAAAAAGCCAUUGAGCUUCUGAAUCAAGCAUACAAAAGAUUCAACAAGGAUGCUUUUUUUGCUCAGCAACUAGCUCGUCUCUGUUACAGUCAUGAAAGAUUUGAAGAGGCAGAACAUUGGGCAGACAUUGCAGCAGCUAAAAUGCCUAACAACUCCUAUAUUCUUGACACCAAGGGUCAGGUGUACAGAAAGUGGUUUACAGCUAAAUGCAAAGCCAUAGAAAAGACCCACAAAACAGCAGAAACCACAGCAGAUGCAAUUGAAACUGCAUUAAAAGCCAUUGAAUGUUUCCAAGAAUGUGAGAAGGCAGCAGUGGCUGAAAUUGAGACAAUGAACAAUUCAGGAUUUUUUGCAGUUGUAGAGGUGGGGUGCAGCUUGUUAAAGCUCAUUUCUUCACUUCAUGUGUUCUCAAACAAAAGUGAUGGUCGUUCUAAAUUCUUGAACUAUUUUCUUACGGAUCACAUUCCUGCAGAGGUUGAAAAACCAUGGGAGAACUUUCACUUGAAACUCAAAAAGCUUCACAGCGUAAUGUGUGCGGCACUGGAGUGGAUUUCAGAAGACUUGAGUUAUUUUCAGACAGACCUAAAUGCAGAUGAAGAGGAAACAUCUGAAAACUGUGAGCUGACCGUAAGUCAUCCCAAGCACUGGUUGGUAACCAAGUCUUCUGUUUAUGGCAAGUUUUUUAGUGAGGCCUCACUCAGCACUGUGCCUAACAAGUGGCAGUCUAACCCAGCUAAUAUUACUCCCUUUAUUAAACGAAUGAUUAUUUACCGACUUGGUGGGGGAAACAUCACAACAAUUUUUUCCAUCUUGGAUCAGAAAGAAAAGGACAGAGUAAAGAUUUUUGAGGACAUAAUUUCUCUGUACCCAAAAAACCCAAUGGGUGCUAAAAUGCAUCAGAUGGAUCUUGUGAACUACAUAGCAACACAUUUUGCUUUAGGUACACUGUCUGCUCAGUCACCAAGACUGGCUGCUCUACACAAUCUGCAAAAACUCACCCACCAGUUCCCUCAAGACAAGACCAAAUGCCUGUCAAGUGCUCUGUUUUUAUGCAUCUUACUGUUCUGGCCAGAAGAGCAUGACACCGAACAUGAAAAAGAGGACAAAUAUGAAAUAGUUCUCUCUGCUGUUAAAUUUCUCCAGCAGACAUACUGGGACAAAAUGAAGGACAUUCCCCACAGAAGGAGACGGAUUUACACUCACAUCUUCCUUGGAAAUGGAGUAGGAUAUGAUAAAUUUGUCCACAAAAGCAAGAUUGAAACCAUUGUAAAAAUUCCCACGGUUUCAGAAAGGCGUAUGAAAUGGUUCCGAGGUGAAUUGUGGAAAGCGCCAGAAAUUGCUAAAGUGCUUAAACGAGUUUCUGGCUGGACAGAGAAUGGAACUGUGUACAUUGAGGGUCCCAAGAAAUUCCAAAUUCACCCUCUUUAUGUGCCAUCAGUGCCCUAUGGCAAUGAGAACAUCACGUUUUAUCUAGGAUUCACAUUCAGAGGACCUGUUGCCUACAACAUCACAGUGAGACAGUAGUUUAAAUUGAAGCUAAUAAACUACAGCUCGUUGGAAAAAUGACCGUAUCUCAGUGAAAGGAGUACUGACCUAAUAAAACUUUUGCACUUUUAAAAAUAACUUGUUAAUACUCUUUGUAUUUGAAAUAUUGGGGAUUUUUAACAUGAAUGUGCAAUUUUUAUUAGGGUUCUUUAAUAUACUUUUUGGCAUCUGUGGCAGAAGUGCACUUAUAUUGCAGCCACAUGGUUGGACCCCUUGACCAAGGCGUGCUAACUGCUGAGCUGUAUUCUUAAUUUGAUGGUACUUUACUUUUAAGUUGCUUUUUCAAAUGAAAUGUACAUUUAAACAUGUGAUUAUUUGAUUUGUUAGCACAAAUGGUUAUUUUUUAUAUUAGCAUGGUUUUUUGGUCAUAAAUACUUGUUCUAAUACCAUUACUACAAUGCCAAUUUUUAAGCAUCUUGUAAAAUGGUGUCCUUCUGGUGAUGGUUAUAAGAUUAAGUGUCGAUACAAUGACUGUGGUGUAAGUCUUGACAUGUAAUAGCUGUUUAUGAGACGGCAUUAAUAGAGUCUUAUGUAAAUUUUUUUUUAUGUGACAUAUAUUAGCCUAUUUAGAACUGCAAUGUUUAAAUGGAAGUCAUAUACUGUUUACUUUUUGAUACAGUUGUUAAAGGUUAAAAUGUUAGUUGUUAAAUCUGAUCAUGAUGAAGUUGUUUAUGCAGCAAUAUUGCAAUAA